GGGGACACAGCCAUGUGCAGAUGGGAAAGAUGUCCCGCAGCUGCCCCUCUUAUUAUAGAGGAAGGAGAGAAGCGCCUCUGCAUGCUUCUUCUUCAUCCGAGAGUCGAUCUCUUCUCUUUCCUUCUACGUACUCCUCGCUUAUCUUUGAGAAUCAGCAAGAGAGCGCCUCUAGAUCUGACCUCUCGAGCUCCAUGGUGCACAUAGUGAUGUUCCCCUACAUGGGGCAUGGCCACUUCAACCCCUUCGUGGCGCUGGCGGAGCUGAUUCUCCGCCACCACCCCUCCUGCACCAUCACCAUCGUCGGCACUCCUCUCAACGUCGCCAACCUCAGGUCCAUGCUCCCUCCUUCCCCUCCCGUCCGCCUCGCCGCCCUCCCUUUCGACCCCUCCGCCCACGGCCUCCCUCCCCAUGCCGAGUCCAACUCCGACCUCAACUACCAGCUCCGCAUCCGCCUCAACUUCGGCUCCCGCGCCCUCCGCCCCGCCCUCGAGUCCCUCCUCCUUGACCUCAUCUCCUCCGACGGUGAUGGCAGUAAUCCGAUCUGCCUCAUCGCCGACCAAUUCUUCGGCUGGACCGUCGACGUUGCCCGGCGGCUCGGCAUCUUCCACACCCUUUUCUACACCUGCAGCGCUCACGGCAUCGUCACCUACAUAUCGCUCUGGCGCCACCUCCCCCACACGAAGACGGACGAAGAUGAGUUUGCGCUGCCCGACUUCCCCCACGUUCGUCUCCAUCGAACCCAGCUCUCCAGGAUUGCCAUGAGCGCCACGGGGUCCGAUCCCUGGUCCGUCUUCUACGGAGAAGAACUGACGAUGAACCUCGCCGCCGACGGUGUACUGGUCAACACGGUGGAAGAGAUGGAGCCCGAGGGCGUGGACCGACUCCGCUCCAUGUUUCAGGGAAAGCCCGUCUGGUGCAUCGGCCCCGUGCUCCCCUCCUCCUUCCUCGCCGUCGACAGCCGAUCGAGCAAACAGGAGCGGCUCGGGAAGGUGGCCAUGGUCUCGAGCGAGGACUGCUCGAAAUGGCUCGAUAUUCACCCGCGUGGCUCGGUUCUCUACGUAUCUUUCGGGUCGCAACACAACAUCUCUGCGUCUCAGAUGAGACAGUUGGCGAUGGGUUUGGAAGAAAGCGGGGUGACUUUCAUAUGGGUGGUGCGGCCGCCCGUGGAGUUUAGCCCGGAGGAAGAGUUCAGGUCGUCGGAGUGGUUGACGGAAGGGUUCGAGGAGAGGAUGAUGGAGACGAAGCGUGGAUUGGUGGUGAGGAACUGGGCUCCCCAGCUGACCAUUUUGUCUCACGAGUCCACCGGCGGGUUCUUGAGCCACUGCGGAUGGAACUCGCUACUUGAGAGCUUCAUGUGCGGGGUGCCGAUCAUAGGGUGGCCGGUGGCGGCGGAGCAGUUCUACAAUUCGGAGAUGGUGGUGGAGCAGAUAGGGGCGGGGGUAGAGUUGGCGAGGGGGAACCAAGAGGAGGUGAGGAAGGAGGAGGUGGCAAGGGUGGCGAAGUUGGUGAUGGGAGACACGGUGAAGCGGAAGGAGGUGAGGAAGAAGGCCGGCGAAGUGAGGGAGAUGCUGAGAGGUGCGUGGAGAAAGCAGGAACAUGGAAGCGGAUUGGGGCCUUCUCUGUCUUCACUGAACGACUUCAUUGAGACGAUAUUCACCGGGAAAGAGUAAGGCAGAUUUAUGGCGGCCUUCUCUGUCUUCCCUGAAUGACUUCAUUGAGACGAUAUUCACCGGGAAACAGUAAGGCGGAUUAAUCUCGGCGAACUUGCAGUUUCACAUUCGUUCAGUGGACGUCAAUGGCUCUGGACUAUGAUCGUGUUCGUGUGGAAUCCUACAAUGUGAAAUGCGCAGCUCUCUCUCUGCGACUAUUUAAUUGCGUCAAAUGUGUCAAUCAAUUCUGAUGAACUUUUAGGACUCUGAUCGUGUUCAUGUUGAAUCCUACAAUGCGAAAUGUGAAGUUCUCUCUUGAUAAUGUUGUCAAUCAAUUCUGAUAAACUUUUAGUUAAUAACAUAAUUGAUUGACAGAA